GUGUUCCCAUUUCAUUUCGUUCAUUCAUUCAAUUUUCGUGUCUCAUCAGCUGGGAGUAGAGCAGACUGUGCUCUCUCUCGCUCUCUCUCUCUCUCUCUCACAUGAAGUAAAGUAGUUUCCAAUCGCCACCGCCAUUAUUGAGCAGAAGCAAUAUCAUCCCUACUCCAGAAGAUGCUACCUCAGUACUCCUCCAGCCUCUAAGCUGCUAGCUAAUAAGCUGAAAUGAAGAUGCAAGACAGUACUGCUGCUGCCUCAUAUCUAAUAAUAUGAUCAUUAUGAUACUCUGUAUAAGUUCUUUGUGAUCUGCGAUCUCCUCCCUGCCUCUUAAGUCGUAUUAAUCUGCAUCUCUUCCCCUUCUUAUGUUGAUAUCUUGGUUAGGGCUUUCUUGGUCGUUUUUGUUUUCCUACAAAUUUCUGUUUCGAUAUUCAUACAUACAUGCUGUUGUUCCCUAUAUGUUUAUUUGUCAGUUAAUUUCCCUCUUAGUCAUAGCUUGAGUCUGCAUAUUACUCAUUCUUUCACCAAUCACUGCUAUGUAGGAUGGAAUUUCUCGACUAGCACUUUUCUUUCUUAGUUUUAAAAGAGUGGUUUCUCAAUUUUGACAUACCAGUUUGAAGUUCAAUUUGAAGUUUGCUACUACUAUUCCUGAGCUCAUUGUCCAGCUAGCAUUCUCUGAGAACAAAGAGAUUUGUUUUGAGGUUAAUUUGAUAUUAGAAAAUCCACCCACCAUGAAUGGAGUUUGGUUUCUGGUCUUGACAGUUCUUUGCAAUGGCAUUUUCCCAAUUGGGUUUGCUGCAAAUGUCACUAAAAGACCCGACAACGUGAACAUUGGGGCUAUUGUGUAUGCCAAAUCCUUCGUUGGCAGAGUUGCAAAAGUUGCAAUAGAAGCUGCAGUUGAAGAUGUGAAUUCCAAUCCAGUUGUUCUCAGUGGAACCAAGCUGAAUCUCACAAUUCAUGACUCCAAUUAUAGCAAUUUUCUGGGCAUGGUUGAGGCUAUACAGUUCAUGGAAGGUGAAACCAUGGCCAUAAUUGGCCCUCCAACUUCUGUGUCAGCUCAUGUUGUUUCUCAUAUGGCAAAUGAGCUUCAAGUCCCCAUGUUAUCAUUUGCAGCCACAGACCCAACCCUUCUUUCCCUUCAGUAUCCAUUCUUCGUCAUGACAGCACACAGUGAUCUGUAUCAGAUGACUGCAAUUGCAGAGAUCAUUGACUACUACGGAUGGAGAGAAGUCAUUGCAAUAUAUGUCGAUGACGAUCAUGGGAGAAAUGGGAUUGCUGCAUUAGGGGAUGAACUUGCCAAGAGACGGUGUACAAUCUCUUAUAAAGCAGCCAUGAACACAGAACCAACUCGAGAUGACAUCUCAGAUGUACUGGUUAAGGUUGCCUUAAUGGAGUCUCGAAUUUUCGUUCUUCACACAUAUCCAAAUCGAGGUCUAGAUGUGCUUAAAGUGGCACAAUAUCUCCAGAUGAUGGAAAGUGGGUAUGUGUGGAUAGCUACCAGUUGGCUUUCUACUGUCCUAGACACUAAUUUUCCCCUUCCUGCAGAGGAUAUGGACAAUAUUCAAGGAGUUCUUACAUUGCGCAUGUACACACCAGAUUCGGAGCUAAAAAGUAAUUUUGUUUCCAGGUGGGACAAUUUAAUUAGUGGGAAGAAGACAGUUAACAGCUCAUUUGGGUUGAAUUCUUAUGGUCUCUAUGCUUAUGACACCGUCUGGUUACUUGCUCAUGCAAUUGAUCAGUUUUUCAAUCGGGGGGGAAACAUGUCAUUUGCAAAUGAUUCUAAGCUAACUGGAAUCCAAAGUGGGGGUUUGCAUCUUGAUGCUAUGAGUAUCUUUAAUGGAGGGAACCUGCUGCUUCAGAGCAUUUUACAGGUCAAUAUGACCGGCAUAACAGGCCCAGUAAAGUUUACUUCAGACAGGUCCCUCAUUCAUCCUGCAUUUGAAGUCAUUAAUGUGAUAGGCAAUGCAUUUAGAAGGAUUGGAUACUGGUCUAAUUAUUCAGGCCUAUCCAAAACACGUCCAGAAGGGCUCUACACAAAACCGCCUAACCGUUCAAGUUCAAAUCAAGAACUAUUCAGCGUAAUCUGGCCUGGACAAACAACACAGAAGCCUAGGGGGUGGGUUUUCCCAAACAAUGGAAGACAUUUGAAAAUUGGAGUCCCUGAGAGAGUUAGUUAUCUUGACUUUGUCUCAAGAGUUGAAGGCACCGACACAUUCAAAGGGUACUGCAUUGAUGUGUUUAUAUCCGCUCUGAACUUGUUGCCGUAUGCAGUUCCAUACAAAUUAGUUCCUUUUGGGGAUGGUCGUAAUAACCCAGAUUGCACUGAACUUGUGCGCUCAAUCACUACGGGUGACUAUGAUGCUGCAAUAGGUGAUAUUGCAAUCACAACUGAGAGAACAAGGAUGGUGGAUUUUACACAGCCAUAUAUUGAAUCUGGACUGGUCGUUGUGGCCCGAGUUGGGAAGUCAAAUUCUGAUUCAUGGGCUUUUUUGAAGCCAUUUACUCCAAAGAUGUGGUUUGUCACAGGCAUUUCUUUCAUUAUCGUGGGAGCAGUUGUUUGGAUUUUGGAGCAUAGGAUGAAUGACGAUUUCCGAGGCCCUCCAAGAAAACAAGUCAUCACUGCUUUAUGGUUUAGCUUUUCAACAUUAUUCUUUGCCCAUCGAGAAAAUACUGUCAGCACCCUCGGUCGCCUAGUGCUGAUCAUGUGGUUGUUUGUUGUUUUGAUAAUCAAUUCUAGCUACACUGCAAAUUUGACAUCAAUCCUGACAGUGCAACAACUUUCUUCACCCAUUAAAGGGAUCGAAAGUUUGAUCUCCAGCAAAGUCCCCAUUGGCUAUCAACAGGGCUCUUUUGUGCGAGACUAUCUAAGCAACGAACUCAAUAUUCACAAGUCUAGACUUGUUCCUCUUAAGUCUGCAGAAGACUUUGCAAAAGCCUUGAAAGAUGGUCCUAACAAUGGUGGUGUUGCUGCAGUGGUUGAUCAGCGUGCAUAUUUAGAAUUCUUCCUCUCCACCAGAUGUGAAUUCAGUAUUAUAGGUCAGGAGUUCACCAAAAAUGGGUGGGGAUUUGCCUUUCCACGAGACUCACCUUUAGCGAUUGACAUGUCAACUGCCAUUCUGAAACUGUCAGAGAAUGGGGAUCUCCAAAGGAUUCAUGAUAAAUGGCUGAAGAGCAGUGCUUGCACUUCACAAGGCACAAAGCUUACAGUGGACAGGCUUCAGCUCAGAAGCUUUUGGGGUCUCUUCCUGCUAUGUGGAGUAGCUUGCUUGUUGGCUCUACUUGUGUAUCUCAUAUUGACGGUUCGCCAGUACAGUCAACGCUACUCCGAGAAGUCCGAGCUUUCUGAUCAAAGCUCACGAUCUGCACGAAGUCUUCAAAGAUUCCUCUCCUUUGUCGAUGAGAAGGAGGAGGACGUAAAAAGCCGUUCCAAGAGAAGGCAAACAGAGAAAGGAUCGAUUAGAAACAAUAGCCAAGAUGAAUCUAGAAAGACAGAGAAUGAAAAAUGUUCAAAUAGGAAUGUUGGAAUGGAAGAUGAAAUCUAAUUAGAGCACCUUCCUGCAUUCAUCCACAGCAACAUUGCUCAUUUUCUUGUAGUUAUUCCAAGCAGCGUCUCACACUAUCUGGUUUUGUAAUAUUGUGAUUGUAAACUGUAAUUAUGUUGGUCUGCCAGGCAUUAUACAGAACUGUUUGAUUUUUUAAUGUAAGGUAAUGACAUCUUAAUGAUCUAGGUGAGAAUAUGAGAACAUUCUCUUUUUUU